AUGCCACAGCAGCAGCCUCGUCAACAGAAGCAACCUCUACGUUCCUGCAACGGCGCUCCUGACGGCCGCAGCGGCGGCGGCGGCAGCAUCGGCAGAAGCGGCGGCGGCGAGGACGGGUUCGGCCAGAGCGCCGUCACCGACAGCAGCAUCGGCGGGAGCGGAGGUGGUGCGGACGGCUUCGGCCAGAGCGCCGUCCCCGACAGCAGCAUCGGCGGUGGCGGGGUCGGUGACGGGGGGAACGGCAGCAGCAGCAGCAGCAGCGGCGGCGUCCCCGGUCGCCGCGUUGGCGUCGGGUAUCCAGACGGCCGCAGCGGCGGUGGUAGCGACAACGGGGCGGCGGUAUGUGACGAAGAGUUGGAGGAAGCGGUUGGUGCGACAACCAUGCCAUUGCCAGUCCUCGAGGAGCUUGAUAGCCAAUGUGCUGGGGGGGGCGUGAGCAACAGCAGCAGCAGCAGCAGCAGCUGCAGCAGCUGCAGCAGCGAGGACAGCGGCGGCGAUGGGAGCGAGGACGUGGGGUUGGAUGAAAUAUGGAGUGGAGCCCCGACGCACCUUUCCGACCCCGGGAAGGCUGAGGGGGACGUGAGCAGCAGCAGCAGCGGCAGCAGCAGCAGCGGCAGCAGCAGCGAGGAAAGCGGUGGUGAUGGGAGCGGGGAUGAGGGGUUGGAUGAAACCUGGUGUGGAGCCCCGACGCACCCCUUCGACCCCGGUACGACAUGUUCGCAUGUCGCGAGGAGUCGGGGGGCGGUACCAGGGAUGGCGUACCCCUUCAGCAGGAGCAGCGACGGGAGUGGUGGCUUCGGCCAGAGCUCCGACGGCAGCAGACGACGGCAGCGGCGGCUUUGGCCAGAGCCCCGUCGGCGGCAGCGGCGACCACGGCGGCGGUGGUAGAGGCGGCAGCAGCGACGUCACCGGCAGCCGUGUUGGCGCUAGGUCUCAUGACGGUCGUGGCGGCGGGGGGACGGCAACGGCGGUGAUGGCAGCGGCGGCAGCAGCGGUGGCGCCCUCGAGUCGACCGGGAACGGGGAGGACACGGUGACAGCGACGACCUCACCUUGUUACAGCCAAGUGGGAGAACAUGUGAAACUUUUACGACUUUGUUCGGUUUUGUGAUCAAGCAUGUACGUUUUAGAUUCGCCAUUUGGCUUCGCAUUUAUUUUUUUGUUAUGUUUUUCCCUUGCUAGCGCACCGUGCACUUUGAUGCAGAAAACACAUGUAUGCCACGGCGUGUGUGUAAUUUUUUUUGUUUGUACUUGGUUUCAUUAUGAUAAUUGUACACUGCGACAAGAUAAUCAUUGCCACAACCUGUGGAAUAAGAAGCAGCACGUGGGUAUUUUUUUUUCCUUGGUUCUUGGUAUAUUUUCAGUCGCGUUUAACCUUGCAACUGAAUGCUUCAUACUAUUUCCGUAUUCUUUGGAGGGAGUACGUUCAGUCGAGUUUUUUUUUUCUACGAACUGGACACUUCGCACUUAGAAUGUUUCGAUACUUUGGUUUUAUGUGAGGUCCUGAUUAAGUGGUCGCUCUCUGCGGUGUGUUUCUGGCCACGCGCACGAAAUGGGGUGACAGCGCAUUUUUUGACAUGCAUGAAGGCAUACCGAUCAGGGAGCAAGGGGACUUACGGAGUUCCAGUUGAGGAGACAGUUUGUAUACGGUAGGAACUUUUUCUGGAGUUUGAUGCCUUAUGUGUUUCGUGUUUCUUCAUGUUUCUUGUUUGUUUCUCAUGUUUCGCUGCUCUUGCAUCGAAAAUCAUGGGGGGGGAUGUCAUGUAUGGCCAUGAUUCUAGAGGGCAUGAGCAGCAAUCGAAUUGGUUUGUUUUCUGGCCGCGCCUACUUGUGUGUUAGGUGAACGGCAAAGUAAGGGGGGUGUUGGCAUCAAAAUAUUAGCUCGGGGUGAAUUUUGAGAGCUAGCAGCAGGGGGGCUGUUUGCGUGGAUGCUUGCUUACGUUUUCUACCGUUUCUUGGACAACAGCGACGGUACCGAUUAGCGGGU